AGCAACCCUAAAAGAGUUAUCAUCUCGCCGUCAAUUUGUUUUACCCUGGCGUCAAAAUCUAGUUCCAGGUUUGAAUCAGUCUUUUGUUCCCAAACACCGUAUUAAUCAAACGGAUCAUGGAUAUCGUGCUAUUUGCAGGAAAUUUGCAAUUAAAAUACACCCUUGUCCUUCUUUAAGGCCUAACACUACAUCUACCACUACGCCUUUAUUGCUGUCUUAAAAUCAAUUUCAAGCUAGCCAUGAAUGCUACAAUUAUAGAUCCGUUGCAGGGGGAUUUUCCAGAAGUGAUAGAAGAGUAUCUGGAACAUGGUAUCAUGAAAUGCAUAUCUUUUAAUCGGCGGGGAACUCUUCUUGCAGCUGGGUGCUCCGAUGGAAGUUGUGUUGUCUGGGACUUUGAAACCCGAGGAAUUGCAAAAGAACUCAGGGAUAAAGACUGCGUUGCUGCCGUAACAAGUGUUUGCUGGUCAAAAAAUGGUCAUCAUAUACUCAUUUCAGCUGCAGAUAAAUCUUUAACUCUAUGGGACGUCAUAAAGGGAGAAAAACUAUACCGAACCACGCUACAACAAACCCCUUUACAAGCCCGUCUGCAUCCCGGUGGCAGUUCGUCAGAAUCUACUCUUUGUUUGGUUUGCCCUUUCUCAUCUGCUCCCAUGAUUGUCGAUUUGUGCACCCAAACCACAACUACACUUCCUGUAACAUUGACUGAACGAGUCAAUGGGCCUAUCCCUCCAUCUAAAAGCAAGUUCUCUGAUGGAUCAGCUCAAUACACUCCGACAGCAGCAUGCUUUAACAAAUACGGGGAUUUGAUUUAUGUCGGGAAUUCAGUGGGGGAAAUCCUUAUAAUUGAUCACAAAAACAUUAGGGUUUGUGGAGUUGUCCCUAUAGUAGGUGGUGCAUUGAUAAAAAAUAUAGUAUUCAGUAGGGAUGGAAACUACCUUCUUACGAACUCGAGUGAUCGUACAAUUAGAAUCUAUGAAAAUCUUUUGCCAUUAAAAAGUUCACUUAAAGUUCUUGAUGAUAUGCAUGAGGCUUCAAGUGAUGUUGAAAUGCUAAAGGUUGUUGGGUCUAAGUGUUUAUCUCUUUUUAGGGAUUUUCAAGAUUCUGUCACUAGAGUGCACUGGAAAGCACCGUGUUUCAGUGGCGAUGGUGAGUGGGUUGUUGGAGGUUCUGCAAGCAAAGGUGAGCACAAAAUAUACAUAUGGGAUCGGGCUGGGCAUCUUGUGAAAAUCCUUGAAGGUCCAAAGGAAGCGUUGAUGGAUUUGGCAUGGCAUCCUGUUCAUCCCAUAGUAGUUUCUGUGUCAUUAACAGGCUUAGUUUACAUUUGGGCCAAAGAUUACACCGAGAACUGGAGUGCAUUUGCCCCAGAUUUUAAGGAACUCGAGGAAAACGAGGAGUAUGUGGAACGUGAAGAUGAAUUUGAUUUGAUGCCAGAAAUCGAAAAGGUGAAAGAAUCAGAAACAAAUGAAGAUGAUGAAGUUGAUGUUACAACUGUGGAUAAGGAUACAUCCUUUAGUGAUUCAGAUAUCUCACAGGAGGAACUCUACUUCUUGCCAGCAGAUCCAUGUCCUGAUGUCUCUGUGCACCCUGAGAAACACACUGAAAGUACCACAGAAUUAGGUGACUGCAAGAAUUCUGAUUCCCCAUUUUCUGAAGAGACAGGAAUUGAUGCUCAGGGACUGAACCAUGAUUCCAAUCAAAUCGAAGGAAUGGAGAUUUCUGGUGGUGAAGAUAUAGGUGGGGCAAGUUUAAAAAGAAGGCGAAAACCAUCCGAAAAGGUACUGGAACUGCGGGCACAGAAAAGGUUAUGAAACCUUUGUAGAAAUUGAAUGGUUCAGGUAAAAUUUUAAAACAGCAUAUUAACUACUAUGCAGAUGAAAAUGGAAUCAGUGAUUGGUUAAAAUGUAACUGACUGACUUCGUUGUAGCUGAAUGAUUGGCUCAGCAUAUAGUUUUAGUGGCCUUUGAUGCUUGGAGAUAGUGUUAUUGUGCAAGACUUAUUGAUUUUGGGCAAAAGAUUGUUGACUGAAAUGACGUCACUUUUGUAUUAUUAAAGAAUGUAUUUUAAUUUUA